UGUGUCUACCCCAUAAAAGGCAGGAGCACGACAGGUCUCCGGGUGAGACCCGGCGUCCUCCAGUCCUCUCCACUGCCCCAAGCUGCCCUGCAGAGCUGCGGCAUGGCGAGCCGUUCCUACCGCACCAGCUCCAGCUACGGGGGCAGGAACUUCAGCUCCUGCUCGGCUGUUGUGCCCAAGCCUGGGGCUUGUGGCGGCACAAGCGCCCUGGCCUCCCGUGGGGGCAGCCCUGGGGGGCCGGGCUACCGGCGCCUUGGGGGCUUUGGCAGCCGGAGCCUGUGUGCAGUGGGGUCCCCGCGGGUUGCCGUGAGCUGUGGAUGGCCCCUGCGAAGCGGGGGAAGCUUUGGCUACCGGGCAGGGGGCCUUUGUGGGCCCAGCCCGCCCUGUAUCACGACCGUGACAGUCAACGAGAGCCUCCUGGCGCCCCUCAACCUGGAGAUCGACCCCAACGCACAGUGCGUGAAGCACGAGGAGAAGGAGCAGAUCAAGUGUCUUAACAACAAGUUCGCUGCCUUCAUCGACAAGGUGCGCUUCCUGGAGCAGCAGAACAAGCUGCUGGAGACCAAGUGGCGGUUCUACCAGGACCGCAAGUGCUGCAACAGCAACCUGGAGCCGCUGUUCAGUGGCUACAUCGAGACGCUGCGGCGGGAGGCUGAGUGCGUGGAGGCCGACAGCGGGAGGUUGGCCUCGGAGCUCAACCACGUGCAGGAGGUGCUGGAGGGCUACAAGAAGAGGUAUGAAGAAGAGGUGGCCCUCAAGGCCACGGCAGAGAAUGAGUUUGUGGUGCUGAAGAAGGACAUAGACGGUGCCUAUCUGCGCAAGGCUGACCUGGAGGCCAAUGUGGAGGCUCUGAAGGAGGAGAUAGGCUUCCUGCAGGCCCUCCACGAGGAGGAAAUCUGCCUCCUUCAGUCACAAAUCUCCGACACCUCGGUGGUGGUCAAGAUGGACAACAGCCGGGAGCUUAACAUGGACUCCAUCGUGGCUGAGAUCAAGGCUCAGUACGACGAUGUCGCCAGCCGCAGCCGGGCCGAGGCCGAGUCCUGGUACCAAACCAAGUGCGAGGAGAUGAAGGCCACAGUGACCCGGCAGGGCGAGAAUCUCCGCAGAACCAAGGACGAGCUCAGCGAGCUGAACCGCAUGAUCCAGAGGCUGACGGCGGAGGUGGAGAAUGCCAAGCAGCAGCGCUGCAGGCUGGAGGCGGCUGUGGCUGAGGCGGAGCAGCAGGGUGAAGCGGCCCUCAGCGACGCCUGCUGCAAGCUGGCCGGGCUGGAGGAGGCCCUGCAGAAGGCCAAGCAGGACAUGGCCUGCCUGCUCAGGGAGUACCAGGAGGUGAUGAACUCCAAGCUGGGCCUGGACGUGGAGAUCGCCACUUAUCGCAAACUGCUGGAAGGGGAAGAAAUCCGGCUGUGUGAAGGCGUGGGCUCAGUCAACAUCUGUGUGAGCCGUUCCCAGGGUGCUGUGGCCUGCGGGGACCUCAGCUCGACCGUUUCUCGUGGCCUGGGGGGCGUAACUGUCAGCGGCGGUGCCCUCUGCUCCUCCUCUGGGGUGGGGGCCUGCUCCACGGCAAGAUCUGUGCGGUUUGCAUAGUGGGGGGAUGGAUGGCGUUUGAUGAGGGGACGGGAGGGGGACGGGAGGGGGAAAUGUGUCUCUCCCAGGCCCCGAUAUUAGUUUAGCAAUUUCCUGUUACUGGGAACCUGGAGCUAAUAGUCCAGUUUUCUUCUUACUGGAAUUACGAUUUAACCUUUGAGUGCAAACCCUGGACUUGGCAUUAUUGCCGCCUCUGUUGAUUCUCCCCUCCCUGUGGUCCGGGAAAGGGACGCAAAGGCUUUUUGAUACAAACUGCUUAGCCACUUUCUUCCCCAACUAAUUCAGGUUAGCAGACCUUACUAAGUACUGACCGUGGGCCAGGCCCUCUGGGAAGGGAGCCCUGUGGCGGGAUGGCGGUGCAUGGGGGCACCUCUGUGCUCGCCCUCGGACGAGGGGCUGUGCAUGCUGCCACACCGUGGAGGGGGCUGCAGGGGCGCUGGGGCUCCAGGAGGCCCUCACUCAGUCUUAGAGAUUGUGUGUUCCCAGAGCAUCCCCCAACUAUUCGUAUGUCAGGAUGGACAGAUUGACUGAGGAUAACUGGCUGAGGUUUCUGUUGGUGGAGGUUUGGAAUUUUACUGUAUUUGGGUGAUUCACGUUGUGGCUCUUUCUCUCGUUUUUGGUGCGCAUGAUUAAAUGGCGAUGGUGAAAGGCUUUCUCCUGGUAACCAGGUGCGUGCCUGCCUCCUUCCUUGUCCUCCCAGCCCACCCAAAGCCCUGAUUGUCUCGGUGCUUCUCCAGGCAGGGUCCACGGACCACGACCUAUGACCCACGUCAGGAUCCCUGGGGGGACUUGUCACACCUGCAGAUCCUGGGCUCCAUCCAGAACUACUGAAUCAAAAGUUCUAGGGGUGACCACAGGAAUCUGAACGUACACGGGCUCCCAGGUGAUUCCCACAGGAUCUGAAGUUUGAGAACCACUGGCGUAUGGGCCAAGGGAACAGGAGGGUCAGAAAGUUCUGGCCGUGGAGGUGACUUUUCCUCCGAUUCUCACAGGAUCACAUCAUCUCUUUGCAUUUCUCCUUUGACUUUGCCAAAAGAUCAGAACCCAUCUGGGCCACCCAUGCCGGGGCAGAGUGGGGCCAAAGAUAGAAAAGAAGAGGAGAAGGGAGCCUGUAGUCACAGCACCUGCUAAGUGGCUGGCACAUCAUAUGUGUAUUUCAUUCAUUGCUCACAGCAACAGUAUUAUCCUCACUUUAUAGAUAAGGAAAUCAAGGUCCAGAGAAGUUAAGUAACUUUACUAAGCUCAUAUGGCUAGUCCUGGAUCCAAACUGAGAUCUGGGGAAUGCCAAUGUUCACACACUUCCUGCUGCCUUACCCCAGCUAUUCCUUCAGACUAAGCAUCCCAGCUCAUCAGACGCUCCCAGAUGAGGGAGUCUAACACUUCACAGGUAAGAGAUGGAGGUGACAUAAAGGAACCUUCUGGAAGCAUUUGUAGAAACAUCUCCCCAAAGCCUCUGCUGGUCAAGAAUCUUGGACGAUUUUAUUAUGGAGCAAUUAAUACAGGCCUCUUAUGUGGGAACCCAGAAUUAAAACUCAGGGCUGGUGGAUUUCCCCUGAUGGCCUAGGAUGGGGGCAAUCGAGUGGGGAACUCUGUUUUGUCCUCUUCCGAAACUGACAAUCCCCAACAAGUCCCACCUGGAGAAGUCUGUUCAGAGACCUCUCUGAUGCAAGCGUGUCCCCCUGGGUGUGAGGACGUGGAGACAGGGGUUUCUGAAGGACAACUUUCUUUCACCUGUUUUACAGGAAGAACUCUACUUUUCCCAUCUUGUUUUGUUUGGGGCAAAAAAAAAAAAAAAAAAUGGUUUAAAAAAAGACCUGACUGGGUGGAAGGUAUUUUGCCACAAGAAUACAUAUUUGAUCUCAAGACUUAGAAAACCCUUUGAGCAGUUGCCCCGGGCAAUGCAGUAGUCUGAUGCCUCCAGAAUGUGUCCCCAGGGGGCACAUCGGCCCCUGGGUCCCAGGAGAACCAAGGUCUUGUUAGUAUAGUGUUCUCCUCCUCUCUGACUCCUGGACGGAGAGGGUCCCAGGGGCUACAUCCUGAGUGCAUCACCGUCUGGAUCCCACCAAGUUUGAGUGGGGGUAGGACUAAGUUCAAGGCGCCACCAGCCCUGCUCUGAGGAGGGAAAUGGGUCCCACGGGGCACCUGCUGCCCUGGAGGCGGAGGGUGGGGUCUGCACUUCCUUCUGAAGAUGGUGGUGGAGGGUGUAUUUACAUGUUUGUGCCUGGUGUUGUCUCCAUUUUUAAUGCAGAAGCUCACACUGUGAGUGCUGCCCCAGCUCCACUCCCUGCUACCCAGCUCUCACCACCCCAUCCAGUAGCGCAAAGGGAGUCAGAGCGGGCACGUUGGGGACCUCUCUGUUUCUGAACAAAGCAGAAAUGGGCAGGGAUUUCCAGGAGCACAAAGGGAUGUGGGGAGGGUGGGGGGCAGGGAAGUGGUGUGAGGCAGCUGUGAGCUGAGCCUCUUUCCCCUGCAGGUGCCCCCACCCAAGGAGAGCAAAACGUAGUGCAGGGGUCCUCAUCACUCUAAUUCUCAAUGAACAAAACGCUCAGUACAGUCACCCCUUAAUGUCUGUAUCCUCAGAAAGCAGCAGGGGUGUGAACAUGCAGACAAAGGGCAGUUCCCAGGUGGUCGUUUCCGAGGUCCAUGUCCAUUGCAAAGAGGGACACACUUUGGCUUGAGUUUCUCACUAUGCUUGGCUCUAAUGAGGAAUGACACCAAUUUGUAUUUUCUGAGAUUCCCAAAGACUGAAGCAGGGAGCAGUUGGAGAUACUGGGCCGGGGGAAGGAGCCGGCUGGGAGUGGGUCCGAAUUUGUGAGGACAGUUCAAGGCACAGGGGCUUUGAGACUUUGUGGAGGCCUGCUUGUGGCCUCUGAGAUGAAAGGAGAGGAUUCCAAACCCGGGCUGACCUGAUGUUUUGAAAGGACCAUCCUCCGUACUUCCUAACCCUUUCGGGACCCUGUGUACGUUGUGGGGGACACUGACUAUUCAGAUGGGAGCAGAGUAGACAGAAGGUCUGAUUUUCUCUGACGAAGGUCUCAGCUUGGUUUGUGGAGUUUCGGAGGAAACAGGCGCCAGGCAGGAACCCCUCGCACGGGCCCACCUGAGUGUGGGGCCGCUCGCUCUUCCGGCUUUUCCCUGCUCUCUCCAUUUCAGACACCUGGACUUCUCCUUUGUAAGUUUUUUACUAAUAAAAGUUUAAUCCUUAGUUACC